AAUAUUUCAUCUGAACUGUAGCUACUCACCCUACCGGAACUACAUUCCAGACAGCUGUAACGAAACCUUGGAGUUCAAGAAAAAUAGACCAAAUAUCUCAAAAAACUAAUAUGUUGCCCACGCCGCCGAAGAGAGCAGGUCCUACUCCCUUAAACGACACUAUGGACAAGACAAAACGAAUUUCAAUAGAAGGUAACAUUGCUGCGGGCAAAUCUACAUUUGUGCGCCUUCUGGAAGCACAGAGCAAAGACUGGGAGGUAGUGCCCGAACCCGUCGCCAGGUGGUGCAAUGUACAAACACAACAAAGCGAGUUUGAGGAGCUGACCGCGUCCCAGAAGAGUGGUGGCAACGUGCUGCAGAUGAUGUAUGAGAAGCCAGAGAGGUGGGCCUACACCUUCCAGACCUACGCUUGCAUGAGCAGGGUCCGCGCCCAGAUGAAACCCACCAAUGGGAAGCUCAGAGAGGCAGAGAACCCCGUGCAGUUCUUCGAGAGGUCCGUCUACAGUGACAGGUACAUCUUUGCGGCGAACCUGUAUGAGAGUGAGUGUCUGAACGAGACAGAGUGGUCCAUCUACCAGGACUGGCACGGCUGGCUCCACAAACAGUUUGGAAAACACAUCGAGCUGGACGGCAUCAUCUACCUCCGAGCCGCACCAGAGAGAUGCAUGGAGAGGCUGCAUCUGAGAGGCAGAGAGGAGGAGCAGAGCAUUCCACUGGAGUACCUUGAGAAACUCCACUUCAAACACGAGAGCUGGCUGCAGCACAAAACCAUGUGCAUGGAGUAUAAGUAUCUGAACGACGUGCCCAUUCUGACGCUAGAUGUUAACGAAAAUUUCAAAGGGGACAAGGUCAAGGGUGCCGACAUGGUGGAAAAGCUUGUUAUGUGCUUUUCAUCCAGGUCAAAGAGUUUCUCAGUACCUUGUAAACAUCAGCUGAUGACCAUCACAACCUGCCCUGGAGGAGAGCCAGAUGUCAGGAGACAUGUGGAACCUGACACUGUCUUUGACACUUUUUUGUAAUGAAUGAUGUAGAUUAUUUUUAUAAAUUAUCUUUAAAGCAUUUUAAAUAUAUCGCCCUAUAAUGAUUUUGUAUAGCUUGGUUUCACUUUCAUGGCUUGUGUUGUUGUUUUUUAAGCAAUAUGAAUGAGAAGGGGAGAAAACAUGGAUAUGUAUUUUGUGAUUGGUAAUCAUUUGGACUGUUUUAUGAAAACCUAAAAUAAAAUAGGCCUACCAGUAUAAGGGAA